AUGGCGACUCACAGAUUCGAUCCCAACUUCACCGACAAUGUCGUCAACGCCAUGGGUCCUAAGACCUCGCCGCGUCUGCGCCAGCUCAUGGCCGGGUUGAUCCGUCAUGUCCACGAUUUCGCGCGCGAGAAUGAGCUAACUGUCGAUGAGUGGAUGGAGGGUGUUAAGCUGCUCAAUUGGGCUGGACAGAUGAGCGACGAUAAGCGCAAUGAGGGGCAACUGGUCUGCGACGUGAUCGGACUCGAGUCGCUCGUGGAUGAAAUCACUUUUAAGCUCGCCGAAGAAGCCAAGGACGCACCCACUGCAACCGCCAUUCUAGGUCCGUUCUUCCGCGCCGAUACGCCCUACCGCGACAACGGCGCCGACAUCGUGGUCACCAAGCCCAAGGACGGCGAGAUGGUCUACAUGCACGGCCGCGUAAUAGACUUUACGACCAAGAAGCCGCUUGUCGGUGCGACGGUCGAGGUAUGGCAAGCGUCAACGAACGGUCUGUACGAGCAGCAGGAUCCCGAGCAGAUCGAGUUCAACCUGCGCGGCAAGUUCAAGACGGAUGCCGAUGGUCGCUACUACUUCUACUGCUUGCGACCCACGCCAUACCCUGUUCCUGAUGAUGGUCCUGCGGGCAAGAUGCUCCAGCUAAUGGACCGCCACCCCUUCCGCCCUGCCCACAUCCACAUCCUUGCUACCCAUGAAGGCUAUCGUCCCUUGACUACCCAGAUUUUCGACCGCAGGGACAAGUACUUGGACAAUGACUCCGUGUUCGCGGUUAAGGACUCCUUGGUUGUGGACUUUGUCGAGCGCAAGGACGACCCUCAAGCUGGGCUUGAGCUUAACUAUGACGUGAAGCUGGCGACUUUCCCGGCCUGA